AAGUCUCAAUCCAAUUCGUGGUAAACACUGAAAGGGAAUUUUUUUCCUCUUAGAUUCAACAAGUGAUUAGAACGAAAAAUAUAUUAAUCAUCAAAUAUGGUGCUUGAUCUGAACAAAAAAACCUAUUUUCUUAUCACCGGUGCUUCUCGUGGCAUUGGCAAGACCAUGGCCAUAGAAGUAUCGAAAUUAUUGAAAGCAGAUUCCGUUAUUGUCUUAAUAGCUCGCAAUGAAGAUGGUUUGAAAAAAACUAAAGGAUCUAUUGAAUCGGAACGUUCGGAUCUUAAAGUUGUAACAUAUUCUCUAGAUUUGUCUGUUGCUAAAGCAGAGGAUUUUCAAAAGUUAUUAACUGAUUCUUUGCUAAAGUCUAAGGAAAAGAUCAAUAAUUUCGAAAGAGCUUUUAUUAUACACAAUGCUGGUACUGUUGGUGAUGUUUCCAAAAAGGCUAUAGAUGUAUCGGAUACCAAAGUUUGGACUCAAUACUUUCAUACUAAUGUUUUCUCGACUAUUUCUCUAAAUGUUGAGUUCUUUAAGAUGUUUGCUUUUGUACCCAAAUUGGUAGUUAAUAUCAGUUCAAAAUGUGGCAUUGAACCCUUUGCCUCAAUGAGUUUCUAUUGUUCUGGCAAAGCAGCUCGCAAUAUGUAUUUUGGUGUUUUAGCUGCUGAGGAAAAGGAUAAUGAUACAAUUGUAUUAAAUUAUGCUCCUGGUGCUAUUGAUACCGAUAUGACCGUCUAUGUACAAGAUGCUACUAUAAGUAAAGAAUUGCAUGAUGUCUUUAAAAGCCAACGUGAUACUAAGACCAUGUUGACCACCGAAAAGACCACAGCUAAAUUUUUGAGUAUUUUGAAAGAACAAAAAUUCGAAUCGGGUGCUCAUGUUGAUUAUUGGGAUUAGAUUAGUGCUUCAGAUUAAUGUGCUCAAGUGAUUACGCUCAAAAUGAAUUAUCAUUCCUGAAAAUCUUUGUGUUAUAAACUUAAUUGGCGGUGCUUUAUUUGUUAUUUAAUCUCAUGCAGCUGUUACAAUUUUGGAUAUACAUACUCAUAAUUUUAAUAAAUGUUGGUGCUGGCAAAUUAUUUAAAAGAAAACAUCAAAAAAGUACUGAAGAAUAAA